UGCUCUUGAACGCCUCGCGGGUCGAGGAGGAGGCGGAUGUUGUUGUUAGCUUCAGCGCUGGAUGAGAACAUGCAGUAGCCCCACACACAUUUGGAUGUUUUAAAGGAAUGGGCUGAUUUCUACUCGUGUUCAAGAUGGCGAGAGACAGAAAGUGCAUCCUCUGUGAAACGGUCCACGCCUCCAAGCAGGAGAUGGACGAGCACAUGAGGAGCAUGCUGCACCACCGCGAGCUGGAGAAGCUCAAAGGCCGGGACUGUGGACACGAGUGCAGAGUGUGCAAGGUGACGGUGGUGAGCCUGACUGAUUAUGCCAGCCACAUCUCCAGUCCCACGCACAAGCACAAUGUGGAGGCUGCAGAGCAGAAGCAUGCUGGGAACGACCACGACGAGGACUACUUCGACCAGGCCUUCGUGGACUUGAUCGAGAGGAGAAAACAACAGAUCAGAAAAGAAAAGGAGGCUGCUGCUGUGAAGCUGGCCCAGGAAGAAGAGGAUCGACGGAGGAAGGAGGAGUUCCAGCAGAAGCUCAAAGAAGCUAAGGAGCGUUACCGGCUGGAGUGUGCCUGGAAGCAGCAAUCACAGGGCUUCUCUGGAUUCAGUCCCCACAGGACUUGGUACAGGAGCAACCGAUAUGAUGCCAAAGCAGGAGAGGCACCGCCCUGGCAGCACGGUAAGCAGGGGAAGAGCGCCACCUGGCACGCUCAGGAGCCUCCCAACCUUCAGAAAUGGGCAUCUGGAGAGUUUUCUGGUGGAAGCUUGCAGAGCCACACAGGUUUGGGCAACAAGCAGUGGGACCAGGCUGCGGUUUCUGGCAAUCAGCAAAGUCGACUGCCGUGGUUGAGUAACGGCGGCAGCAGCAACGGGGUCUACGGUCGGAACAACAUUUCCCUGAUCCCUCGAAGAACCCAGCCCCUGAGCCUGUUCGGGCCGUGUCCCAUGUAUCCACCUCCUCCAAAUGUUUUCGCCCGCGCUCUUAAUCAGUUUCAGAAUACAGCCAACGAGCAGGGAGGUCCGCAGGGUGACGGGCUGCAGAACGGGGAGGGGCAAACAGCAGAACCCGACCACAGCAGCAGUAAGAGCUCUAAAGCCUUUGGUAGCAAUCCAAAGCUGGACAAAGCGUGUCGCUGGACUCCCUAUCCAGUCACUAAGGGGUUUGAAUCCGUGCCCCAUAAAGAAACCAACACAAACUCAUCAGAGAAGUACGCCAAAGUCCCCAAACCCCAGAAACAAGACAAGGCGCAGGACACCAGCGCCCUUAACAGGCAACCCCGACCUGAGCAGAAAACUGGGCAGUUGACAUCGAGUGUGGAAGAGAAAGGGAAGCAUAAAGCAAACCCCAAAAGCAAACCCAGAGAGAGGAGCAGCAGCGGGAGCAGAAGCAGCAGCGCUCAGAGAGAAGCCCAGCAGAACGUCCCAUCGGGUGCGUCCAAUCAGAAGGCAAAUAAGCCAUCGCUGCACAAAGAUCGGAAGAUGUCCUCGCUUCCCGCUCUCAACAGUGGAGCACAACUCGCCUCCAGUCAAGCGCAGGCACAACCAAAGUCCCCCGUGAAGCAGAGCGGCUUCAGCUCCCAGGCUCCAGCGGUCGGGCCCCUUCAGUCGAGGCAAGAACGGCAGCUUCCAGAAACGGUGAAGAAAGCCCGACAGAUGGUGUUAGAAAAGAGGAGCUCUGUGGACAGAAACAACAGGAUGGAGACGACUCUGCACAUUGUGGAGGAGCAGCAGAAGGAUCAGAGUCAGAUCGGAGUGAAUAAAGAGAACCGGCAGAAUGCAGCUAAAGCACAAGUACCGGACUCCAACAGGCCGGAGAAGCCUGUGUUGCAAUCUCCAGACAGCAGCCAGUUUCUCCAGUUAUUGCAAGUCAGCACCUCGACCAUGGAGAGCUCAGACGCUGCAGCUUCGAGCCAGGAAGUGGAGGAGAACGGGAAGAGGGCGGAGAAGGAGACGUGCCCAGCGGACGAAGCCAUGCAGGCUGUGGAAGCCGGGCAGAGCUCAGAGAGCGACACCUCCAGAAGUGGUGAAUCUCAGACGGUCUCCGGCUCAAACACGCCAAGUCUGUCCAAACUUGACCUUCCUCCCGUCCUGAAACGUGACCUGACCAAACACAUGAGCUCCAAGAGCAAAGCAGGAGGCCACGAGCCCAACCUGAACAUCGCCCGGCGGGUGCGAAACCUCAGCGAGUCGCGGAGAAGUGACACCGAAAAGGACUCGGGGCUGAAACCGACCGUGCGGCAGCUCAUCAGCUCCUCUGGGUCUCGACGCAACGUGAACUGGGAACAGGUUUAUCAGGAGGUCAGGAAGAAGCAGGACAAAGGGAAAGGCAUGCCCAGGUUCGGGAUAGAGAUGGUGCCGAUCGACCAGGAGGACCAGAGCCAGGAGGACCAGAGCCAGGAGGAAGGCCACAUUCCCCUGCUGGAGGGUUUCCAGUGGGAGUCGUUGAUGGACGUCCCCGCCUCCCGAAAACGCUCCCUGUCAGAGAGCAGCAUCGCCCCUGCGUCCACUCACUCCCUGUUCACAUCCCUCAUGUCGAAGGAGGAGACGGCACUAAGAGAAGCCCUCAGCUCGGAGCAGCAGGGAUCCUUCGCUUCUCCCGAUCCCAUCUUCUCUCGAGCGCACGAAGACCCUCGGCGUCAGAAGGAGGUGGAGCAGAUGCUCGGACAGUUUGAUGCUAAAGCGCAGAAGCAGCCCGACAAGCCGACGUCUGCGACGGUGAAGGCGCUGCUGCGGUCGGACUCGGUGCUCGGGGACAGCAGCUCGGGGACGGAGCUGUACGACGGCCAGGGGACGGGGAAGAGGCGGAGAGCCGCCGGGGACGCUCCGAGUGCAGAGACGUCUUGCCUGGAACACAACAACAAAAGGAGGAAAGUCAAAUCCAAAAAAGAGCGUUUGCAGAUCGACCAGCUGCUGGCCGUGUCUCUGCGGGAGGACGAGCUGAGUCGCUCCCUGCAGACGGUGGACAGCAGCCUGAUCCAGGCCCGGGCUGCACUGGAGGCUGCUUACAUGGAGGUGCAGCGUCUCAUGGUGGUCAAACAGCAGAUGACUGGAGAGAUGAGCACACUGAGAAACAAGCGCAUCGACUUACUAAAAGGGAUGCAAGGGAGUUUGGAGGAAGCCCCUCAGGUGAAGCUGAAAGAAGAAAAGAUGGAUUCAGUAGAAGCCGAGCCUCACAUGUCCGCCUCCCUUCUGCUCUCCCCUGUCCCCGGCGCUGCUGCCACCUGCAGCCCGAGUCCUCCUGACGAGCGCGCCUCCCCUCCCUCCUCCAGCCUCCCCUUCAUGCCCCUGGUCAUCAAGCAGGAGCCUCAGUCUCCGGUCCAUGUCAGCUCAGAGAUGGACGCUGUGGCGAACGUCACCCACUGUGCUCACAGCACCACCCCGCAGCUGCAGGCUCCGCCUCCUGCAGCCUCUUCACCAGAUCAUGUCCUUCAGUUCCAGCCGUCUCCUGAGCUCUGCCAAACCAACACAGAACAUAACUGGGAGAAGUUCAACGACCCUGCAGACUGCAAAGAGAGCUUAUCGGGACUGGUGGAGACGACAGAGAGGGCCGUGCAGGCAACGAGGAACUGUCUCGCCUCUUUGCCCGACUCCAAAGCUCCCCUGAAGCUUCUGUUGGCCAGCAGGAGGAGCUCUGAGGUGGGGAGCGUCGCCGACUGUGCAGCCACGCAGUGCUUUCAGCCCCCCUCAGCCCUCAAUCUGCCCGCCUCUCCGUCUGAGCUGAGGAGCGGAAAGCGUGUAAGGAAGCUGAAGAAGAGGAAAGUGUUGAAGAAGGCUCAAGGCACGGAGCAGCCGGAGAGCAGCGACACCGAGAUGGACGGAGAGGCCUUGAGGCCGAGGUGGCUCCGACCCCGCAGGAGGCCCAGUGGAAGCUCUCAGGUGAGCACCUCCACGCUGCCCUCCGAGGAUAGAGAGGGCGACCAGCACAUGGAGGGCGCCGAGGAAGCCUCCAGACGGCUGUUUCCCACCGUUAAACUUGAGAAAGAAGACCCCGAGUCCCCCAAACACAUGGUGGAGCUUCCCCAGGCGGCUCACGCUGAACUCACGUCAGAAGAAAGCAUGGAGGUCACCGCGGCCUGUCAGCUCCACAUGGUGCCAGACUCCUCCAGACCUGAGCCGCAGAGCCUGGCCUGCAACGAGGUCACCUCCACCAGCGACAUGGACGUGUGCAAAUCCUCCGAGAGCGAGAUGCCGUUUCCCGUCUCGUCGGCCAAGACGUCGAAGAUCUCGUCAGACGCGUCCUCUGACCACGGCGAGGAUGAUUUGCCCACUGAAGGUGUGUUCGAGGGCCACCAGGAGGCGGCCAACGCCAUGCAGAUCUACAACGGGCUGCUGUACACGUGUUCAGGAGAUCGGACCGUCAAAGCCUUCGACCUCGUGAGUCAUCGAUGUGUCGGUGUGUUUGAGGGUCACAGCUCCAAAGUGAGCUGCCUGCUGGUGUCCGCGGCUCCCAGCCUGCACCGCCGGCUGUACUCUGGCUCCAGUGACCAGACCAUCUGCUGCUACAGCCUCAAGACGCGAGAGCUGGAGCAGCAGUUCCCUCUGUCGGACCGAGUCCUCUGCCUCCACAGUCGCUGGAAGGUGUUGUACGCUGGCCUGGCCAACGGCACAGUGGUGACCUUUAACCUCAAGACGAACAAGCAGAUGGAAGUGUUUGAGUGCCACGGGCCGCGAGCCGUCAGCUGCCUGGCGUCGUCGCAGGAAGGAGCCCGCAGGAUCCUGCUGGUCGGCUCCUACGACAACACCAUCAGCGUGAGAGACGCCAAGAGCGGCCUGCUGCUGCGCACGCUGGAGGGACACACCAAGCCCGUGCUCUGCAUGAAGGUGAUCAACGACCUGGUGUUCAGCGGCUCCAGUGAUCAGUGUGUCUACGCGCACAACAUCCAUACAGGAGAGCUGGUGCGGGUCUAUAAGGGCCACAGUCACGCUGUCACAGUCGUGUCCGUCCUGGGGAAGGUGAUGGUGACGGCGUGUCUGGACAAGCUGGUCCGCGUCUACGACCUGCAGUCUCACGAGCUGCUGCAGGUCUACGCUGGACACAAGGACAUGCUGAUGUGUAUGACCAUCCACAAGAACCUGAUCUACACGGGUUGUUACGACGGCAGCGUGCAGGCCGUGAAGCUGAACCUGAUGCAGAACCACCGCUGCGGGUGGCACGGCUGCUCGAUGGUGUUCGGGCUGAUGGAGCAUCUGCAGCAGCACCUGGUCAGCGAACACAGCGCGGCCGCCUCGCAGACGCUGAAGUGCCGCUGGAGAAAGUGUGAAGAGUUCUUCUGUGCACGCAGCAGCUCCAAGCAGGCGAUGCUGGUGCACAUGCAGAAACACGCGGAGGAGACUGAACUGGAGCCUUAAGGCAGCUGGUGUCCCUCCUGCUCCCCCCCCCCCCCCCCCCUGUUAACCUCCCAUAUUGGGGGGAUGUUCUUGGGACCCACUUGAUUUAACAGCUCCCUUCGAGCCCGACGAGUGGCGUCUGACGACUCCAUCCUUUAUGUUCGGUGUUGGAAUCCAACCAUACCACAUGGUGAACGGGUUGUGUUGCGCUCUACACACACACCUUCCUCUCCGUGUGUCAGGACUGCCGCUCCUCUUCUCACUGACCAAAUACAAGACGAAGAAACUUUUGUUGAUUGAAGAAACUCCAGUGUUGCCGGUAUCCGAGGGAUCUGCUCCGCUUUCCCGUCGUCGCUGCAACAGAUGACCAUCGUCUGGUUGGGCGACGGCUCUAUGGCAUGAGAGAUGUUUUUAUUGUUGUAGUGCAGUUGUGACGUCAUGUGGAGCGACACGUAGCCACAACUGACGAGUGAUUUAGAGUUCAGCGGUGUGAUUGUUUUAUUUUGAAGGAGUUUCAUUUAUUUUGAAAACAGUUUCUAACAAACAUCUUUUUUUUGUUUUGACAGUUUCGUGUUUUCUUCUGUUGCUCGUGAUCUCGAGGCGUUGAGGGACUUUGGUGCAGUGUUGUGUGAUGUGGCCUGAAGCUGCCAUUUAAAUGUUUUACAUUUGCCGUGAUAACAGAGCCAGGACGUGAUGAGUGUGUGUGUGUGUGUGUGUGUGUGAGUGUGUGUGGUCCUACAUGUGGGUUUAUUCUUCCUAAAUGUGGUUUGACCCUGAGUGAGUGGCGUUCUGUUUUUAUCUCCUCCGUGGAGACGUUUGUUUUGGAGAGUUGGUUUAAUAUUUGAAGCAUCGAGCAGAAGUCUUCACAGUGAAGACACUUUUCUGAUGAAGAGGAGGUGAAGGAUGUUUCGAGGAGGUGUUCGGAGGAGGAGCUUGAAGGAAAGUUUUAGGAUUCAUCUCCCAUGCCAUACCUCACCCCCGAAUACACAAACCGUUUAAAGUUUUAAAAGCUAAUUAAGCUUCUUUUAACCCGCGCGACGGCCCAGCUGAUGCUCUCUGGCAGACUUUGUCGUCGUCGACGUUCUCACAGCCGCCAUUUUCCAAACUCGCCUCACCCGCUUGUUUUUUUAAUAUCUAAGGAAAGCGAGCAUUUCACCCGUUACCUGGCAGUCCGGAGUUUCUUCAAGUUGUUAUUCAUAAAGAGAUAUUUUUUAAGAAAGUGCAAUCAAACAUUGUUAAUAAUAAUAAAAAUUGGUGCAACAUCAUAAAA